AUGCAGAAUAUGUUUAAUGUGCUUGGUCUCUCACCCUUGAGUUUGAAAGCUCCAAAGUUCAUUCCUGUGCAUUGGGAUCCUCCUCCUGUAAAUUGGUUAAAAGUUAAUACCGAUGGUUCUUUUCGUAAUCCCGAAACGACAGGCUUUCAGGGCGUUUUUAGAGACCAUGAGGGAUUGUUUUGGGGUGCCUUUGCACAUAAGGUUGAGGUUUCGAGUGCUAUUGAUGCAGAGGUAUUGGCAGUAAUAGAGGCUUUGGGGGUUGCUUGGAGAAAGGGUUGGACUCACUUAUGGCUAGAAACAGACUCAUAUCUUGUGGUGCAUUACUUCACUAAUCCUAAGGAAGGCAAUAUGGUAGCUGAUGCUCUUGCUAAUUAUGGUGCCACAAAUGUUGGUGCUCGGUGGUGGGAUUCUUUACCUACCUUCAUUGCUGGACAUUAUGGAAAAGACUUAUCGUCUGCUGUCUCUUAUAGAUUUCGUUACUGUGGGUCUUUAGAUUUGUUUUGA